CAGUGAAAACAGGAUUUUACAAAGGCGUGACGUUUCCUCAACAUCAGCUCUGCAUGAAACUCACACACACACGCCCAACUGGUAACAGAAACAGUUCAUACUUCAUGAAAAACUUACACAUUUUUCCCAUUCUAAAUGUUGCAUUACGUCGCAGAUGGUAAUGGUUGAACCGUGAAACGUAUCUUUAACGGUGCUUCAUACUUUUCACUAUCUCAUUGUGUGAGUGUGCGUCACGAAACCGCUGUAAUCAAUAUUGUUUCGAGCGGAUACGCAGCCACCACUUCUUGCUUUUGAUGAAUCAUCUUUGCUAGAGUGUCGUCUCACCAGCUUGUUCUGCACUUAUCACUAUUUAGCUGGAUUAGUUCCCGUGUGCCCGCACUGAAGUGUACAAUGGCAAUGGAAGUGUUUCAAACCGAAACACACUACAUCUUCCUACGAAAGGAGCGGAGCCUUUGGUGGAAUCGAUACUCGUCAGAAUUUCAACUAAAGUGUGGAUGGGAUUUGUCCUCGGUGGACGAUAUCGAGUGUAUCGGUAUGACGCAUGGCAUUGUCGGUACGAUUGCACUGCAGGGUGUGCUGGAACCGCAUCUGAUCAUCAUCAAGGAAGUGGUAGCGGUGGGCGUACUAUAUGCACCGCAUCUUGUAUAUAAGAUAAAGAGCAUUGCCGUGCUGGGUCCGGAUGGUGCCGAUACAGUAUUGCUCGGUUGCAGUAAGCACAAUACCAACCAAACGGUGAAGAUAGCACCCGCAGUGCCAGGAAGCGGUGGUACGGUACUGCUGGAAGGCCACCCCUCGCCAAAGAGUCGACUUUUCGAAAGUUCUGCCCUGGUAAACAAGACAUGGGGUGCGGUGAAGAGCGCGGGCAGCACGAUUCGCAACACGACAGAGAAGGCGGCUGCCAUCGCAACUAGCCAGGUAAAAUCGACCGUCAGUUUGGUGGUGAAGGAUCCGGUACGCAUCGAGAAGCGUGUCAUCGACGAGUUACACAAGAUCUUUGACGAUACGGACAGCUUCUAUUAUAGUCCCAACUGUGAUAUUACGAAUAAUCUUCAACGCCGGGGUGCACAACCGGACGAUCGGUUCUACUGGAACAAACCGAUGGUAGCGGAGCUGCUAAAGAUAGCAGAUGGCGAGAUGGAUGGAUCCGGGGCUGACUGGGUGCUGCCGAUCAUACAAGGGUUCGUACAGGUCGAACAAUGUGUUAUUGGGAACGAGUGCUUUACGUUAGCGCUCGUUUCGCGCCGGUCACGAAACCGAGCCGGUACGCGUUACAAGCGCCGUGGGGUGGAUGAGCAUGGCAACUGCGCGAACUACGUUGAGACGGAGCAGGUACUGUCGCUGCGACAGCAUCAGAUAUCGUUCACACAGAUACGUGGUUCGGUACCGGUGUAUUGGAGUCAACCGGGUUACAAGUAUCGGCCUCCGCCACGUCUCGACCGAGAUGAAACGGAGACACAGCAGGCGUUUGAGAAGCAUUUCGACGGAGAGCUGAGCAUCUACCAGUCGAUUUGCAUCAUUAAUCUUGUGGAGCAAAGUGGCAAGGAGAAGGUAAUUGGUGAUGCUUAUGCGAACCAUGUGCUAAAGUACAACUCGGAACGGUUGAUCUACGUGACGUUCGACUUUCAUGAAUAUUGUCGUGGCAUGCGUUUCGAAAAUGUGUCCUCGCUCAUUGAAUCACUAGCGCCGGAAGCAGGUGCGAUGGGAUUUCACUGGCGUGACAACAACGGAUCGAUCUGCAACCAGAAGGGUGUGUUUCGGGUAAACUGUAUGGACUGUCUCGACCGUACGAAUGUGGUACAGACAGCCAUUGGCAAGGCGGUGUUGGAAUCACAGCUAGUCAAGCUCGGGCUUGCGAUGCCAUAUUCACAAUUACCAGAUGCUCUGAAGGCACCAUUUAUGGUACUAUGGGCGAACAACGGUGAUGUCAUCAGCCGACAGUAUGCAGGAACAAAUGCACUCAAGGGUGAUUACACGCGAACCGGGGAGCGAAAGAUUUCCGGCAUCAUGAAGGAUGGCAUGAAUUCGGCCAAUCGCUACUACAUUCAACACUUCGCCGACACGUUCCGGCAGAGUUGCAUUGAUUUACUGCAGGGCCAGUUGAGCGGGUACAGCUGCAUCUCGGAAGAUGAUGUAUGCGAUGCGGUCGUGGGUAUUGCCACUACGGCGCUAAAACCUUCCGGCCCGGCACCUUUGUCGUACUACAACUAUGGACAGUUGUCCAGCGAACAUUUGCUGCUUGAGCAGGUCGUCUACAGUUUCAGCUAUUAUCUGGCCCGAUUUAAGGACACGUAUCGUCAGGCAACGAUCGAUAUGAUGCUCGGUAACAACGUGUCGCCCGAAUCGGUUUCUGCGCUCGGUGGCAGCCAGACAGCCGCUACCGAUGAAACGGACGCCCUAGAAGGUGCCGAACAUGCGCGUCUACUUGUUGAGGAUUGCCGACGUCUAUUGCUCGGUACGGCUCAGCUUCCGGUCGGUGCCUGGGGUUUGAUCGACGCCGAUCCCAGUACUGGUGAUCCGAGUGAAACGGAAGUGGAUAUCAUCCUUAUCCUAACCGAUGAUUGCUACAUCGUUGCGGAGUACGAUUCACACCUAGACAAGAUCGUGCGUUUCGAAAACGUACCGCUGGAGAGCAUCACGCUGAUCGAGCUCGGUCUGUUUCAACACAACAAAAUGUUCCAAGGUCCGGCACCGGCUCAUCUGUGUAUCCGGUUGAACUAUGCGGUGGACGGUGUGGACGGUUACUUCCACAUGUUCCGUUCGCCGAACAUUCGUUUUUUUAACAACGUUGCUGUGGUGAUACGAAAGACGGAGGAAAUCACCGAAUCGUUAACCGCGAUCGUGGAUCUGUUUCGCAUUGCGCUACAAAACUGUGGUCGAGCGGAUGUGGUGUUCCAGUGUGGCGGAAGUUUGCAGCGUCGAAAGAGCCGUACAUUGCUGUCGGUACCGGCAGGCAUACCGCGCAAUCUCUCGGAAUCGCAACUGGUUCAAAUGGGCUCAAAAGCGUUCAGCAAUAUGGCGGGUCAAUUUUCGAAGAUUGGCCAAUCGCUGAAUGCGAGCAAAAUCGGGCGUGGAUCGUCUGCCGGUGGUGGCAAAUCGAAGGGCAAAAAGGAUGACAUUGAUCAGGCUGGCAGUAAGAGUGUUCGAAGGGAAGGUUCGAGUUGUUCGGUCGGUUCCUUUGGAGGACCGGCUGGGUCAGGAGCUGUUGGAGGAUUGCGACCGGGUUCGGCGUACGCCGGUAGCAAAAUGGAACGUUCUAGCUCGGAGUCGGAAGAGGCGGAAACCACCAGCAUCUACGAACCGGAUGAUUUGGUCGAGCAGAAUCCACUGUACAACGAGAACGUUUUUCUACCCUCAGUGGGUAUCGUGAUGGGUGGAACGAGCAACGAAACAGACGAUGUUGGAUCGACCAAUAAUGUGCUGGAGGAGAAGGAUAGCAUCGCAAAGAUGUCAUCCGAUCUGUCCACGAUGUCAAUAUCGUCAGUGACAGACCACAUCAAUAUGCCGGUCGGUAUGCUUGAGUGUGCGUCACCGAUACGUGUCAACAGUCCCACGCCAGAAAUCUUCGUCGACGAUGCUGUCAGUUGUGGUGUGGACGGUGAAACCAAUGCUAGUAGGCAAGGCCGUAACAUGAGCCUUAAUCUACAGGCACCGACCAGUGGUGGCGAUAAUGCGCUACGGCAGCUAAAGAAGCUUACCAGUCCACUGUCAAAUAUUGGCAAGGGAUUGCAGACCCUCGGUGCCAACCUGGAUCCGAGGAAAAUAGCUGUAAAGAGUCCGGUAGCUCCCGUACGAAGCACCAGUGCCGCUUUUGCUGAGAUCAAACAGUUGGAGGAAAAAUGGGAAAAAGCAAGCUGCCGCACCAAGCUAAUUGCUCUGUGAAUGCAUGCUAUUUUAGCGCCAAUCGAGUACAGCGCACCUUCGCGAGAAUUGUACCAAUGCUAGCCUCUUUCUUUAUCGGCGUAUUGUUUUGAUGUUUUUUUUUUUUUGGUAAAGUAACAUACAGCGGAUCGAACGAAAACUAUGAGCCGAUAGUGCAAAGGUAUUAGUCAGGUCUCGAUAAAAAAUCACGAUUGGUAUGUGCCUCCCAGACGCAGUACGGACUAUUCAGUUAUGUGUCAUUCAUGUUACCGCUAACCAACAGCCUGAACCGGAAAAUGGUUAUAGCAGACCCAAGAAAACGUAACAUAUAACGCGAAUGUAAUGUUGAAAUUGACCAGGAGUCCAUCGGUUAGGUAGUGUAGUUCUUACAACUUUUGUUGUAAGUAAUGUAAUCUCUCUUGGAACAAUCAUGAAACGUUACGGUUAGUUUCUGUAUUUAUAACCACAUUAAAGGGUUGUUUUUGGACAGCAUCAUGAGUGCACAGAUGCGCACAGAAAACGUUUAAUGGAGGCGCAAAGGCUUUUAGAAGAAUAGCCCAUACUUGCAUGAAAGCAUGUUUAUCCGUUGAGAUAGGACCAAUUCCAUUUCACAAAAAACCUCCUACUCCCACAUUCCCUACCCUUCUCCUGGUCUAUCUCAUAGCUAUGUUCUGAUUACACUACCAAUGAUCAGCAGCAGUAUUCUCGAAUGCGUUACACUCUACUGUCAGGAUGCACAAAAUGCUUCCACAAGGUCAACUAUUAUGCUUGUGCAGUUGAUCCUUCAUCGCAAUGCCAAAGCUGUAUUAACAAAACUAAUCGCGAUAAAAGGUAAAUGUGAUCGUACUAUUUAUGUUUUUUUGCUUUCAUGAUUAGUACAUGUAUUCCCUUGCCUGAGAAUACAUUACCCUUUGUUGGUAUCGAUAUAGCAGCACAAAACAAAACGAAACAAAAAGAAAAUAGCAACGAAAUUGUUGUGCCGUACCAUUCAUACGGUCGUAUAGAAAAAUUAAAAAUAAAACACACACACACACACACACACACUUUAGAACAAUUGCACGACACUUUGCAAUGCAACCAAGCUAGCAAAGAAAUACAAAUAGAACAUACAAAAAACGUGCAUUAAUGGGUGGAUAUAGAGCUUCGCGAGAGGGGAGAAUUCAUACAUUAAAAGAAAUACCAAAGUCAAUUAUGUAUAGCGUGUGCGGUUGCGUAUGAAACGAAACAGACGUAUAGCCACCAGGAUGCCUGGUCGGCGAAAUGGACAACAUCUAAUAAUCUAUGUAGCCCCCGAUAGUUGCUUUAACAGUAGUGACAGUAUGACGAUGAGAUUGAGAUGUAGCAUGCCAGUCAGCUAGUUUAGUAAGGCCGGGCAAAUAGUGUAGGACGCUCAUCAACAGUAGAACGUUACACGAUAGCUUGCAGCGUUCCAGGAUAAAUAGUGUGCGGUCCUAGCAAUCUCCAAGUAGUUUACACUAAUUAAUGCGCUACCGAUAGCGUGCCGAAAGUAGCGUUCCAAUUCGUUCUUUUUCCGUUUUGUUUUUCGCAAUCCCGAGCGUGAGUUCUCUCUUACCCUCCCUAUUUCAUUUACUCUCGGCCACGGUUAGAUUCGCAUUGUUUUAUUCAGUGGUAGAAUGAUCCGGACCCGUUGGAACACUAAUGCUAUGCGUUAUGUUAGAACGUUACGUUCCGCGCGUUACAACAGUUUGAGGAGUUACCAUAUGAAUCAUCAUUGUAUUAAUGUAUUAAUCGUAUUCGCUAAUUGUGUUGUAUUAUUGUGCAGGCGAAAAGCAAAUUACUUAUACAAUACCAUUCCAUCUGUGUUUUUCGGUGCUUGUGCGAAGAAAAUGUGGGAUACAGGCGUAGCCUUAGGUAUUACCUAUUUUAUUCACACCUAUAUUGCAUCGCUUGCCGCUGGACAGUAGACUUGUGCCGGUUGCUCUUAGUUCUAUUGCGAAAAAAAAUAAACGAUUUUGCUUACAAUACGUA